CACUCCUCAUGUUGGUGCAUAUCGCCGCCCCCGCCUCUCCUGUCUGCUCUCUGUCACUGGACACAUUAACACGGUCACCCUCUCCCCCUCACGCCAAAUUUAGCAGCGCUAUUAGUACAUCGCCCUGCUCCCAGCCCUCCCCUUCCUCCUCCCGCCCAGUCACGGCCUCCCUCCUGGGUGACGCAGAAACUUUCUAGAAAUCCUUCCCAUCGCCCUUUGCGUUUCCAACAUGGAGGACCUGACGGUGGAAGUGCGCGGCUCUAACGGAGCCUUCUACAAGGUAACGGGGCGGGGGAGGCCGGCCGCGGGCAGGGCGGGGAGCCGGGGGGUGAGAGUGGGGGAGGAUGGACCCCCGUGUGGGGGAGAGCCCGUGUGAGGGCCAGGGAGGGGGACAGGCCGGACUCGGGGCCCGGAGAUGGCGGACGGUGGAGGCCGCGGCCGUGCUGGGGGGAUGGAGUGGGCAAAGUGGCCGUGAGCAGCCUGAGAGUGAUCACUGCUCGGUUACUGUCACAGGGAGAGCCAUAUUACUGUGCGCUGACUGUAUGGCUGAGGGUUAUUACUGUGCGCUGACUGUAUGGCUGAGGGUGAUCUCAGUGAUGGCUGAGGGUUCAUUACUGUGCGCUGACUGUAUGGCUGAGGGUGAUCUCAGUGGUGGCUGAGGGUUAAUUACUGUUAUUGUGUGGCUGAGGGUGAUCUCAGUGGUGGCUGAGGGUUCAUUACUGUGUGUUAUUGUGUGGCUGAGGGUUAAUUACUGUGUUAUUGUGUGGCUGAGGGUGAUCUCAGUGGUGGCUGAGGGUUAAUUACUGUGUUAUUGUGUGGCUGAGGGUGAUCUCAGUGGUGGCUGAGUGAUUAAAUAACCCAGUCCCAGCAAUAAAGAGGCCCAUAAUGUCAGUUAUGUCCUAGGGAGGUGUAUAAAUGCUCUAUAUAAACACGUGUGCAGCUCUGUAGUGUUGGUAAGUAACCAUUUGGAUUCUUUAGGCAGAUAUUAUAAUGUUCUCCUUUGUCUACAAGUGGGGUGGCCAAGAGAUGGACCCCCAGCUGUGCUAGAAAUACAACUUCCAUGGGUAGCUAAGCUUUAAGCCUUUCACAGCUUCAUGGGGGUUGUAGUUCAGCUACCAUUGAAGGCCUUGCUUUUCUCUACAGAUUACUUUGUAGGUACACACUUUUCUGAGCUGUGCAUGUUUCUGGUUGUAAAGGUUGCCAUGUUAAUUGCUUGGUAUCCAUCCUCUAACAACAAGUUAUGUUUACUCAAACAGUGGCUUGGGACAGUUUGAAUGUAAAGGGGAUAAUUGUUCACAAAGAUUAAAAAAGGAACAAUAGCAAAGUGCAAUCACUUUAAUCACUUGCUUUUUUUUUUCUAAAUGUGAAAGUAGAUUUUUACUCGUUUCUUCAACAGAGGGGAAACCUGAUAGGAUCUAUGGUGAGAUCAUGAGCUUGUUCUGCAUUGACGUCCAUGAAAAAGACAAAAUAGACGUUACAUCACUGGAGCUAACUGUUUUUAAUAGCUUAUCACAUUCAUAUUACAUAUAGAAAUGUAACCGCAGCAAUUAUGUUCUUGAAAAACUGAAUUGUCUUUGAGUGUGAAACUGUUUGAGCACUUUAUGGAGAAUAACUAUAUGAGUAACGGUCAAGUUUGGGUAACAGUUAUAUAGUGAAGGCUAAGUCAUUAUGUGGUAACUAUUAAAAAGAAAAGAUCAUGAUUUAAAAAUAGUAAUAAGAGAAUUGGCUAUAUAUCUGUGUGACCUUAGUGAGCUUGUAAAAGACUAUAAGGGGAGUUUUGUAAGAGCAUCUUUAAGGUACGGAUUUGAACAUUUUGAUUUGACUUCCAUCUGUUUCAGAGUUCGUGGCCUAAGUCUCUUCUUCCCUGUUUUUCUUUUUUUUUUAAUUUAUUUAUUUUUUUAAAAUACUUUAUGCAUUUCUUUUUAUUAUAGGUAUAGUCUUUUUACUACAGCUGUGAUGCGCAGAUAUAUUUGGAUCUUAAAUUUUGUUUUUCUUCUUGAAUGAGCUGUCCAUAAUUGGUAUAUGGAUAUGGUUGUAAUUGAACUCAUUCAAACACUUUCCUGCCCAUGACACACAAAUUUAUCCUGGAUUCUUUGCCAUUUGAAACAGGCAUUGUUGGUGACAGCUGUUUUUUUGAGAUGCAUAAAGAGAGCAACUUUCAAAAUACUGGUAGGCUAAUGAAAAUGUUAUUUAAGGAACACUAUAGCAUUAGGAAUACAAGCAUGUAUUCCUAACACUAUAGUGUCCGAGUCCAUAUAAAGAUACAGCUCCACACCCCUUUGGACCUUAAAAAAAAAAAAAAGGGGGGGGUGGGAUGUUUUGUGUAACUUUUUUUUUCAGUGGUGAGACUCACUCGGUGUUGCUGUACGCUCCUCUCACAGCUUCACUUCAACGUCAUCAUCAUCCAAUCCAAUGCUCCUCAUAGAAGAGUAUUGGGGACAAGAUGAGAAGUGAGCAGAAAUCAAAUGCUUCUCAUAGCUGCAUUUAAUGGUGUUUGACCUCAUAGAUGUUGAAUGUCACAUGACACAAAAUCAUUGCAGUGUCUGGAAGCCACUGGAUGUUUUAAAUCAAAACUUCGCUGUAUCUAAUGAACAAUAUUUUAGUGACUGGGUAAAACUAAAGGGCAACUAACUGCACCCUGACCACUUCAUUAAGACGAAGUGGUCUGGGUGCCUUCUGUGGAUUUUUGUUUUAAUAAUGGUAGAAUCUUUUGUGAAGAGCUUAUUAAUGGUGCUGGAAUUUCUUUGACGUUCCAGCACAAUUACAAUAUAAGACAAGACAAGACAAGGCAGUGACUACUUUGCCAUAUGUAGAAGACAAUUAGGGUUAUUCACUAAUGGAGAAUUCAAAGUGAAUUUCAAACAUAAGGGGAAAAUAGCCUGAACUGGCUUUAUAGAGCACUGUCAUCAUCUGGGGUUUUAUCGCCGCUGGUGGUCUAGUGUCCAGGGGGCGGGGAAAGGUGAGAUUUACUUACCUGUACCUGUGCCUCCAUAGUCUUUCAGCUGACGUCACUGCUGUACUCUACUUUGUAUGCGCAAGAGAACAGCAUUGAGUUCUAUGGAGGAUGCAGCAAGACCUUUGGAUCCUCCAUAGACCACUAAUAUCCCUGCAGCCGUCACUGUGGUGGGAGAGUGACACAGGCGGCAGUAGUUCUGCCCAGUGUCUUUAAGUGUCAGGCAUGGGAAAUAUACUGAGACAAAGUAGUCCCUGUUUUGUCUUCGUAUAUCUUUUAACUGGGUUGGAAUUUCACUUAAAUUCCAACAGUCAACGAGUAUUUCAUAAAGAUUUUAUAUUCACGAAAUACUCAUUUUGCGUGAGCGAGGGUGGUCACAGUGCCUCUUUAAAUAUAUUCUCUUUGAAUUCUCACUUUAGUAAAUAUUAAUGUUUUGCAAACUGGAGGAAAUAGAAGAGCUUAAAACAGCUUACAUCUGCCACAUUUUGUCUUUUCCAUUCAGUGAUUUACUCACAACAGCUGAUGGACCUAUUCCGUGUGAUGUGCGUGCACAAGAUCUACUGGAGAAUGAGGAAUCUUCCAAAGACUUCUGCUAUUUACUCUAGUGUAGUCAAGCGAGUACACCAUUGACUUGGGUUAUCUACAAGUAGCUCAAAAAUGAGAGAGAGAGCAGGUUGAGGGACAACUUUAGAUAGGCAGGUCUCACAUUCCUCAACAACCAUUUGCCCUAUGCAAUAUGACAUGGAGUUGUAAAGUACUGUAUUUCAUAAUUGUCAGCGCUGAAACCCACUUCCCGAAAAAAUUAGCAUGUCAUAAAGAUGAAAUGCUCAAUAAGACUGUGUUGGAAUUUCAUUAAAAUUCCAUCACAGUGAAAAUAUAUCUUCAGACAAAGCAGGGACAUCUUUGUCCUAUGAAUUUUUUUAAAAAAUUUUUUUCUUCGCUUGUCAAAGCUCAACAAAAGGUGAAGAUACCUCAUGUCAAUCCGUCACAGCUGAAGGGAAAAAGACUUUUGUAUGGAGUAUCCCUCCGUCAUGAGGGAUCGCUCAGCUCAGUUCAGUUUCUGCUAAUAACCCCCCUAGUAUCAGCCUUCCUACCCCCAUUCUCUAAUAACCCCCUAGUAUCACAGCCUACCUACCCCCAUUCUCUAAUAACCCCCCUAGUAUCAGUCUUCCUACCCCCAUUAACCCUGCCUGAUGUAAACAUAGCAGUUUCCAAGAAACUGCUAUGUUUACAUCUGGGGUUAAGCCAGCUUCUAGUGGCUGUCUUCCGGACAGCCACUAGAGGUGCAUCGGCAAUGAUUGAGGCAUAUUAUGCCUCAAUCACGCAGAGCGUCCAUAGGUAAGCAUUGAAAAAUGCUUUCCUACGGACACUUUGAAUGCGCGCGUGUCAGACAAGGAUGCUGACGUCGGCGGGGGAGGAGAGGUAAGGGAGCCCAGCAGAGGAAAAGGGUGAGGAGCUGAAGGGGUUUUAACCCCUUCAGUGCCGCGGGUGGGGGCACCCUCAGGGUACUAUAGUGUCCCUUUAACAACAUACAACUUACUGUAGUGAUUAUGAUGCACCCAAAGCUGGACCUCUCUGUUGCUGCCUGGAUACUGCUGCCUUUCCUUUCUGUACAAUUCUGCAUGGAUUUGUACAAAGAAUGGAGUGAAAUGUUCCAUAUUAUCUGGAUGGUAACAGAGGGUUUGGGAUUUUGGUGCCAAGAUUUUUAACAGAUUAAAUGGUUUGAGAAAGAUUGGAAGGACUACACCUUUCAUUUGCAGCUGUGAGUAGCUGAAGAAAUGAGCUGUACAGAUAUUCUUUUCUAUGUCUGAUAAAAACAUCAAGGACUUUGAGGAUUCCACAUUUACCUGUACUUUGGGUCUUAUUAGGUAUUUAUAUCAGAGGUGACUAAAAGGUGUUACAACAGUUGAACUAAAUCUCCAGUGAUUGUUAGCCAGGCCUAAGGGGGGUGAGCUUCAUGUGAAUUGUAGUUAUAAAACACCACGAAAUCUACUUUUUGGCCAUCCCUGCAAAAAAUGUUGUUCUACCGUUUGGAUCUUCAGUGCAUUGCCUGCACUUCUUAGGAGAAUUGUGGAUUAGUCACCAUGGCUAUUAAUAUUUAAUGUUUAUUUCACUUAUUAUUAAAUUACAGGCAUCUGUAGUCUAAGUUGAACUUCAGUAGGAUUUAAGAAUAGAUUGCUUAGUUAGAAUAUGUAACAAGAAAGACACCUAAAGUAUGCUGUCCGGGAGGUGGGUGUUUCUCUACAAAGUAUUGCAGCUGCCACUGUCGCUCUUCAAACGCCAGAGCAUUGUCAGCAAUUUCAAACACAUUGGAGCCUUUCUAUUUUUAAAACUGGUUUUCCUCCAUUUGGCGGUAUAUUCAGCUGUAUAAUUACUCAGGUAUUUGGUUUUAAUAAUUAUUCAAGUUUUCUGUAAAAUAAGAAAAUUAUUUAAUUUAACAUGAUUCUUUGCUUUUUCAAACUUAUCACAAAACUAUUUAUUUUUUAUUUUUGAAUGAGUCACCGUAAAAGUAAUCAGAUAUUUUACAAGUGCAACUGUGUACCUUCAAGAUCAAUCCAGCCUACAUUCUCGAUUUAUUAUUUAUUUUAAAAAAAUGCAAACAGUUUUUCUGAACACAAAGUAUUGGUUAAUCAUUAUUUUACCCCCCACUUAGGCUAUUGCAUUAGGUGGCAACUGGGGUUUGUUGGAAAGGGUGGGGGUUAUAGUGGUAUCAAACUUCAUGAAGAAUGAUCACAGGUGCAAGAAGUACAUUGCUGACUGAAACACUAAAAAUAUUUAAGUGCAGCUGGCAAAACAUUUAGAGAACAUAGGUUUUCCCAACUUGAGUGUCUAUGUAGUCUGAUGUUUAGCUAUUUGCCUUAGCUUUUCUUUCAAUAUGUGAAACAAUAAAAGUGUUUUCCACAAAUCAUGUAGGUGGCAAGUUUACGUUGGAUUGUUACUAGGAUAUGCAGGAUAAAAUUUAUUUCAGAAAACUGCUUCUUCCUCAUCCAAGAUUUCCAUAGACUUUAUUGUUCAAGUAGUCCAGUCAACUUGUGACGUGAGCUGCAUCUCAUAAAAAUUAGAGUUGCAAGUGCCUGCUGAGAAUUGUGAAAUGCAAGAUCGCCAGAAGACUGUGCAAGUGCAUAGAGAGCCAUGUGUCAACUUAUUUUAGGCGCCAGUGUGCAUUUUGUAGCACUGUACGAUAGAUGGAUGAGGCAUACAAGUAAAUACAAUAAGACAAGUUUGAAUUGUGAACAAAUGGUUGUGACGGUCCUGAUUCAAUAAGCUUACAAUCUAAAGGAUGUGGGUUAAGUACAUUCAAUUCAAAGUAAAAAUGGACCAAGUGCAGAAAUCCCUACAGCGGUUGUCUCACCUGCCAAUUCAAGUGCUUUUAUGACAUAGCAGCGAAACCAGCUUCAUUUAUAAACAUGAACACAAGUUUUGGUGGUGAUUUUAUGUUCACAAAUGAAAAUACUUAUUUUUGCUGAGCAAGGUAUUUAUUUUUCCAUGGUAUGUGUAAUUUUCCUCAAGCUUUAAAUUGGCAGUCCAAGUACCAUAGGUUUAUUGUUUAAAGAGCACUAAGCCCACUCCCAUGUUUGAAAGUGGGGGUUAUAGAAGUAACUUUUUUUGUUUAUGAUAAAAUGUAUAUAAACAUACAAACCGUUCUAGAUUGCCAGUGUCAGUUUGCCAAGAGGUAACUGGGCUACAUAUAAAUUGAUAACCAUAGUAUGGCUGCUGCAUUAAUAAAAGGUCACAUUUUACAAAUCUCUUUUAAAAGGGAUACUCUAAGAACAACUAUACCUUAAUGAAGCAGCUCCCUGUUCAGUUGUCUGCAUUUAGGUGUAAAAUUAGUUUCUGUUUCUGCAGCUCUAGCCACACACCAACUGGCUAUAUCUUGCACAGCCAACAUGAAAAAAAAGGGGUUUCAUUUUCAGUCAGAUCUGGCAGCACAAUGUGUUUACUGGAGACGUUUUUAUCUCCUGCUCUGUUAAUUGAACUUUUAUCACACAUAGAUGUGUUGCAGAUUGUUAACGGAAUAGUAGACACAAAUGUUAAACUAAACAGACUGUGCAUUAAAGGAAGUUUUAAACAUUUAGUUCUCUCUUUACAGAAAAUGUGUAAGUCACAUAUUUUGGGGAGGGAUUACUAGGGUUGCAUAAAUGUGAUUUUUAACUCCUGUGUGGCAGAUAAUUGCACAGUAUGAUUGCAGGGCAUUGUCUUUGCACCAAAGCAACUCUAUUAAAGGGAUACUAUAGGUACCCGGACCACUUAAUCUCAUUGAAGGGGUCUGGGUGCAGUGUCCUUAUCCACCUUAGUCCUGCAAUAUAAAACAUUGUGGUUUUUGAGAAACUGCAAUGAUUACUUUGCAGGACUAGGACUUCCUCUAGUGACUAUCAGACAGCCACUAGAUGUGCAUCCUGGAUUCUCAUGGAGUUUGACUCUGUUAAAUGACACUGGACAUCCUCAUGCUCUGCAUGAGGCCCUCAAAUGUCUGUGAAAGCCCCAUAGGAAAGCUUUGAGGCAAUGCUUUCCUAAGGGGAGGGCCUAAUAUGCACGUUGUGCAUACGCAUUAGAUCUACCUGUUGGAGAGGGCUGAGGGACAGCGUCAAUGGAUUCUGGUAAACGAGUAAAGUUUUUUUUUUUUUUUUUUUUACUCUUUAUGCACCAGAAGGACUAGAGGGCACUAUAAUGUUAGGAAUAUAGAUUUGUAUUCCUAACUCUAUAGAAUCCAUUUAAGCUAAAGUUGUUUUGGUGCUUCUAGUUUCUACUCUAAAAUGUCCCUUUUAAUAGAGCUAGAGGGGUUAAAUGCAGUAACAUACAGUCAGCAAGCUAAAGUGGUCUGAAGUGUUUUGAUUUUUUUUUUUUGGAGCCAUUGGUCACAUAAGAUGAAACCUAGAAUGUGAUGGCCAACAAGAACCAUUCGGCCCAUCUAGUCUGCACAAUUUUAUAAAUAUUUUCAUUAGUCCCUGGCCUUAUCUUAUAGUUAGGAUAGCCUUAUGCCUAUCCCACGCAUGCUUAAACUUCUUUACGGUGUUAACAUCUACCACUUUAGCUGGCAGGCUAUUCUAUGCAUCCACUACCAUCUCAGUAAAGUAAUACUUCCUGAUAUUAUUUUUAAACCUUUGCCCCUAUAAUUUAAGACUGUCCUCUUGUUGUGGUAGUUUUUCUUCUUUUAAAUAUAGUCUCCUCUAUUACUGUAUUGACUCCCUUUAUGUAUUUAAAUGUUUCUAUCAUAUCCCCCCUGUCUCGUCUUUCCUCCAAGCUAUACAUGUUGAGUUCCUUUAACCUUUCCUUGUAAGUUUUAUCCUACAAUCCAUGAACCAGUUUUGUAGCCCUUCUCUGAACUCUCUCUAAAGUAUCAAUAUCCUUCUGGAGAUACGGUCUCCAGGAUUGCGUACAAUACUCCAAGUGAGGUCUCAUCAGUGUUCUGUAUAAUGGCAUGAGCACUUUCCUCUUUCUACUGCUAAUACUUCUCCAUGAGAUGAAGUUGUUUGGAUUACUGCCUUAAAGGUGUGUCCCUUUAAGGUGUUUAACCAUUUUCUAAUGGUUUCACACCUAAGUUCGUCUUUGAGCACUCAGCCACACUCCUCCUCCGGUGUAGGAAAGCAGGAAGGGAAGUAUUGCUGGUGAUAAGCUGACUCUCUGUAUCACCAUUACUCACUGCUUCCCCUCUUCCUCUCCUUUAGAGGUAGAGCAGGGGAGGCAAAAGGUAGGGCGGAUAAGUGCCCAAGGACCAACGUAGGUGUUAAACUGUUCAAAAAUGGUUUCUUACCUGAAGAUAUGACUGUCCUCCAGGACUCCAGUCCCCCAAACAGCUUCAUUCAGAUGAAGUCUUUUGAGAAUGUAGUGUUCCUUUAUUGUAUGCAUUUGGCACACACUUUAUUUUCCUUGGGAAUUUACGAUAACAACUUCAACAGAUUUAAGUUAUUUUUGUGCUGGGCGCUGACUUGUCUGACUGCUCUGCCUCUGAACUUUCACUCCAAAUCUGUGCCUUUAAUCAGGUAGCUUCUAUCUAGGCCCCACUGACCGGCUGAAAGUGUAUCAGUCAGCAGACUAAUUUAGCCUGCCAUUUGGCUCAGUCCAAAUCUUUAAUAAGGAAGUAAUUGUGGAUUGGAAGUCCAGAGGCAAACUGGUGCCAGGACCUUCUUACACUAUAACGUUGUCGUCCUGAUAAGGUUAAUGUGCCCGGAUAGGUCCUUUUAAAGGGUUACUCCAACCAUCAUGACUACUUCAGUGAUUUAAAAUGGUCAUGGUGUUAGGAUUCUGUGCAGUGUUUCAGUUUGAAAGGUAUGAUGGGUAUUAGGAACUCUGUUCUGGGAUGCCUAAUGUCAAUUCUCUGCAAGUUUGAAAUUUGUCAUCAGUGCACACAUCUUACUGGUGACAGACAUGCUUAACACUCCUAGCACCAUAACCACUACAGAAUGCUGAUUAAGGUGCCUGCUGCUUUCCACACCCACUUGUAAAGUAUCUUUAAUGAGGCUGCAUAUCAAAAGGAAAUAAAGACCAAAGAGCCUUCUACAACAGGAACUUGGAAUUUAUAUCAUGCGACUCCCAGGACAUGCAGUUCUAGAUGCCUGGCAGGAAGAUUUUUUAUUUAUUUUUUAUUUUUUUAAUUAUUAUUAUUAUUAUUAUUAUUAUAUUAGGCAGGGCUCCUUUGGGUGUAGUUGGUGUCCAGCAGGGACAAUUUCUCCGGCAGGCUUACCGAGACGCCAUGAUGGGGGCCGUCUGCUGUUGCAGGAAGGUGUGCGGAACGUCAGCAGCCUCCCACUCAUCACGAUGCUCAGAACUAGUGGCUGCUUGGAUUCUGCAUCAUAUCAUAUCCUGGGUGCUAACACACUCUAAAGGGUAGAGGGAGCAUGGAACAGGCUGCACAUCCACGGAAUAUCAGCUGCUGGUAGCUCGUGUAUGGGUCGGUGUGCAGUGUAUGUUCCACUGUCUGGUGUGGGAUUAUGGAUCAGUCUGUGUUCAAAACCACAUUCAGUCAGGGUGCACAUCAAAUGCAGCCAACACACCACAUUUGCGUUCAGCAGUCUGUACUCUCCGCAUGACAUACAGCCAGUGUUCACCACACGCACAUGACACACUGCAAGCACACACUAUGAAAAAGGAGUCUAUGGGAGGGCAUAGUGCAAACUACUUUAACCCCAUAAGGACACGUGACAUGUCAUGAUUCCCUUUUAUUCCAGAAGUUUGGUCCUUAAGGGGUUUAAGGAUCAUUAUAGGGUCAGGAACACAAACCUGUAUUCCUGACCCUAUUGUGUUAAAACCACCAUCUAGCGCCCCUGGGCCCCUCAUGCCUCCAUACAUAUAGCAAAAUCUUACUGCAGUCAAGCCUGAAGCUGUAGAUCUGCAUGCUGUUAGACUCAGAAAAAAGCAAGCUGCCUGCUGACCUCAUCAGAAGUGGUGGCCUGAUCCAAUCACAAUGCUUCCCCAUAGGAUUAGCUAAGACUGACAAAGAGGCAGAUCAGGGGCAGAGCCAGCAAGAUUUAAACACAGCUGUGGCCAAUCGGCAUCUCCUUAUGGAGAUGAAUUGAAGUUCACUGUCUGCAUUCAGAGGGAGGAGAUACUGAAUCUGUGGAUGCAUUUUAGGGAGCCAUGACCCAGGAAGGAUCUCUAACAGCUAUCUAAGGAGUGGCCAGUGAAGUGAUCACUAGGCUGUAAUGUAAACACUGCAUUUUCUCUGAAAAGACAGUGAUUACAGCAAAAAGUCUGAAGGUAAUGAUUCUACUCACCAGAACAAAUUCAAUAAGCUGUAGUUGUUCUGGUGACAAUAUUGUCCCUUUAACACUGGCUAUUCUGUCUAGUCACAACAUGGCUACUUUUGCCUCAGUUUUAGCAUUUGAAUUUAUAAGGCAUAGAGAUUUUUUUCCUUAUUGGCUAUUUUUUGUCUCCAUUCCUCAUUUCAGAUGUAUUUUGUGAAAUUUCAGAGUUCAGCAAAUAACCCUGUACAUGUCCAGGUCUUAUUUUGUGUUCAGACAAUGAUUGUCAGGUAGAUUGGGGUACCACAUUAGUCCCUUAAACAUGUAGAUGUAAAAUAAAUAAAAAAAUUUUUAAAAAUACAUGUUCUGUUAGACAAAAUAAUACUAAUGCAUAGUUUGAAAUCCACAUUUUUAUUUUUAUUUUAUUUUUUUGUAAAAAGAAUAAACAGAACCUAUAUUUUGUUUUCAGAUACUCCUGUCGAUCGAUAUAUAUAUAUAUAUAGAUAGAUAGAUAGAUACACACACACACAAAACUUAAACUUAUUUUUUAUUUUACAGGGAUUCAUUAAAGAUGUCCAUGAAGAUUCACUUACAGUUGUUUUUGAAAACAAGUAAGUAUAUUUUCUCAAGAUUGUUUUAUGCAGUAUUUGCACUCAAUUGGUUUACUUAUUUACUGUUCUGUUUUCUUAGCUGGCAACCAGAGCGUCAGGUUCCAUUCCAUGAAGUUCGAAUGCCACCGUUACCCGAUAUUAAGAAAGAAAUUACAGAGGGGGAUGAUGUAGAAGUAAGUUUCUGAUUUAAAUAGUUAUUGGAUCUAUUAAGGAAUUUGGACUAUCAAACUUGUGCACAAGUCAUAUUCUCCUGCUACAAACAAAUCAAAUUCCUGUUUUAUGUCUGUAAGACUCCACAGGUGAUGGAUGAAUUAAUUUGUGCAUAGCUUAGCAUGAAUUUGAUUCGUCCGUCGCAGCUGUAAAGGAUUUCUUCACAAGUUUAUUAAAUACUACAUUCUCCUUAUUAAAGACUGCCUGUCACUUUUCCUGAACGUGACAGUCCCCCUGUUCAUUGCUGUGGUAAAUGCUACUGAAACAUUUACUGGAGUGAUUAGUGAAUUUAAAACACGUGUAGUAAUUUGAAUUCAGGCACUGUCAUCUUCUCAUGAUGCUCCUAGUCCAUUCCUGUAUGAUCAAGCAUCAUCUUGCAGAAAGAGCCCAUUUGGCCUCAGGUAUUUCUUUCAUGGUUCCAUACCCUUGUAUGCUCCCUCACAGCAUAAAUGGCACCAUGGUGUGGGGGGAGAUUGUUAACCUGACAUCUAUGUGCCUUGCUGUGUCUUAACAGCCCUACAUAGGAUGUAGCAAAAACUUGCAUUGAAGUAUUUUCUUAAAGAUUACCAGUGCCAUAAUUUUAUGUAUUGUGAUCAAGACACUAGUCUUUCAGACAGGCUAAAUGCAUUGCAAUACAAGCCAUUGUAGUGGGUAUUAUAGUAGCAUCAUGUUUGGCACUGUCCUCUAGUAGUAUCAGAACAUCCUGAGGUUCGCUCAUGAACCAACACCUUGCUGUCUAUAGCACUAUGUUGCACUUGCAUUGCAUGUAUUUGAUAAGUUUUAGAACUGACACAUUUAGCCAAUGAAUGCUGUCCAAACUUGGACAAAAUUGAGAAGAGCAACUCUGUUAUGGAUGUCCUUGAUACUGCAGAAUAAGUUGAAUAAGCACAAAAGUGUAUUGAUUAUGUAUUGUGUUCCAUCAAACAGUUUGAUUAUGGGAGUUAAUCAUCCCAUAAUGCUAAUAGCUGCUUGCCUGCUCUUCCUAUGUUCUGGUGCCAUCUGCUUAUAAACUAUUUUCGGCAUACACCUCGUUUGCUGUUGGUAAAACUAAAACCUCCAUAGAAUUGUCGAACACCAGGUACCUUGUUGGGCACAGGUAAAAACCGUAAACAACCAAUAAACAGUCAGGUGAUGAGUCACUCCCAUACAUUCCACACAAUCCCUCCCCUCUGCUUAGGAGUUAAUUGAGUUAAUUACUGUAUCAACUCAAUAAUCUCCAAACAAAAAAAUGAAAGUUAUUCCACAUUUUCAGAAGUACCUUAAAAACCUAUCAUACUCCCACAAUUCAUCCCUUGCUAGCCCCGAUUUGGGGGAGCAACAUACUGAAAAAUCACCCAGAUCGGUUCAGGGGCUUGACAAUUCUAUGGAGGUUUUCGUUUUACCGACCGCACACAAGGUGUAUGACGAAAAUAGUUCCAUGCGUCUGGGCUGUGCGGUCAGUCUACGUUAGAGAGUUUGAAUUACACUAAAUUACCUUUAAAACUGGUUUGUGCUUUAGUUUGUUGAAAUCCCCUCGUUCGUGUGGUUUUCACCGAAUGCCACUCUGUUCCCCUGAGUUUACACAAACUUACAUGAGGGUGGAAGUCUCUGCGGUGUUCGUGCUGUCAAGUGUCCGAUUUGCGUUCCAGACACUCAACGACCAAACCCCGCUAGUGCAGUUCAUAUUCUAAGAUGGCCGCAGCCACGUGUUCGCAUAUACGAACGGCAGCCACCCAGGGGAUCACCCAGUUGGUUCGUGUCUUUGUAGUUAAGAGAGUGUGUACAGGGUUAGGAAGGUCAAUUGGCGCCACGCUCCUCGCAUGGUUGGCCUGGUGGUUCGGUAUUUAGUUUAUUUGUCGAAUCAUAUAGGGAAAGUCAGCUGAAGUAGAGAUAAUACCGAACAACCAUACGAAAGGACACAAUGUAAUAAUUUGUUACUUGUUUCCCCAAGUAACGAACAGUAGCAACACUAGAAAAUUAACCCCUUAAGGACGGAGCCAAAUGUACACGUUUGAACAAAACAAAAUGUAAACAAAACCUGGCAUUUGCGCUACAUGUCUGUCCAACCGUAAUUCACCUCUUUCAUAGUAAAUGCACCCACCCUUAUUAUAUAUCAUUUUAUUCAGGGGAAACAGGGCUUUCAUUUAAUAUCAAAUAUUUAGCUAUGAAACAUAAUUUAAUAUGAAAAAAAUGGGAGAAAAUACGAUUUUAUUUUUUUUAGUUCUACAUGACAUUUUAACUGUCAAUGUCAUUCUACUGUUUGCUUUUACUGCAAUAAAAUACACACAUUUGUAUUCAGCAAAGUAAAACAGUACCCCCAAUGUACAGGUUUUAUGGCGUUUUGGGAAGUUACAGGGUUAAAUAUAGCACGUUACGUUUGCCAUUGAAAUUCGCCAGAUUGGUUACGUUGCCUUUGAGACUGUAUAGUAGCCCAGGAAUUAAAUUUACACCCAUAAUGGCAUACCAUUUGCAAUAGUAGACAACCCAGGGUAUUGCAAAUGGGGUAUGUCCAGUCUUUUUUAGUAGCCAUUUGGUUACAAACACUGGAUAAAGUUAGCGUUAGUAUUUGUGUGUGUGAAAAAUGCAAAAAAAGCCAAUUUUGGCCAGUGUUUGUGACUAAGUGGCUACUAAAAAAGACUGGACAAUACCCCCUUUGCAAUACCUUGGGUUGUCUUCUUUUGCAAAUGGUAUGCCAUCAUAGGGGUAAUUUAAAUCUUGGGCUACCAUAGGGUCUCAAAGGCACCGUAACCAAUCUGGCAAAUUUUAAUGUGAAAAAAAUGAAACACAAGCCUUAUAUUUGACGAUGUAACUUUUGAAUACACCAUAAAACCUGUACAUGAGAGGUACUGUUGUACUCGGGAGACUUCGCUGAACACAAAUAUUUGUGUUUCAAAACAGUAAAAAGUAUCACAGCAAUAUCGUCCGUGUAAGUGCUGUUUGUGCGUGGAAAAAAUGCAAAAAAAGUCACUUUUACUGGCAAUUAUCAUCGUUGUAAUACAUUUUGAGGUCCUCGCAAGGACCUCACUCUCACAUGGCUGGGGGGGCUGCAGGAAAAAAAACAAAAACAAAGGGCGUACUAUUACGCCUGGCGGCGUUUAGUGCCGCCUAAAAUAGGACGUAAUAGUAUGCCCUCCGGUCUUAAGGGGGUUAAAGGCACACAAGGGGUAUGGACAGCCCCUAGUACAAAGAGGGGUACUGUGGCAAAGCCCAUUAGGCUACAGCCUAUUUUUUUUUAUUCAAAUACCUUGUUUAGGGAUUAACCAUGCAAAGAUCUUAAAAUGCCAAUUUUCUACUAUUUUUUUAUUUGUUUUGUUUGCCUUUUUAAUUCUUCCUCCUACCCAAAUAACUCCUUGUCAUCAAUCUGGUCUUGUGAUCAAGUACUUACUCAAACCUCUUCUAUAUCUUUGUCAAAUAACUUAUGUCUGUCCUUCCUUUCAGUUCCCUUUAUUUCUCUUUCUUAUAGUCUCUCAGUUUCUACAGUGCUUUCCUAUGGACGCUUGCGUCUUCUCACUGUGAUUUUCACAGUGAGAAGCACACAAGCGCCUCUAGCGGCUGUCAGUGAGACAGCCACUAGAGGAUUUGGAGGCUGGAUUAACCCAUUUAUAAACAUAGCUGUUUCUCUGAAACUAUGUUUAUAAAAAAAGGGGGUUAAUCCUAGAGGGACCUGGCACCCAGACCACUUCAUUAAGCUGAAGUGGUCUGGGUGCCUAGAGUGUUCCUUUAAUGGUGAAUGCAAUAACUCCACUUAAAUGGUGUUAGCAAUAAUUUGUUUCUAAGAUCGGACAGAAAUUAUCGAAAUGUAAAGGUAUCUUGUAAGCCUUUUCAAACUUUAAGGGACAUUUCACUACCCAAUUUAGUAAAAUAAGUCACUAUUUAGUAGAUAUGUCCCCAAUGAAAGCAUGCUUGAUUAUUUUUUUUUUCAUUGGGUCUAUAUCAAAUAAAGCAAUUUACAAAAGCUGCAGCUCUCUUGUCUUCAGACUUUCUGUGGCUGUCUAAUCAGACUUCCCAGUGCAGCUCAAUGAGAAGUCUUUGCAAGGUAGGUGCUCUGAGCAAUAACUUCUUUAGAAGAUUAGCUUCACUGCGCUAAACAACAAGGAAAUAACAACCUAAACUAGGUCGGUGUAACAAGGUUAAUUUAUAAAAGUACACAUUUCUGUUCAGGUCUGCACUUCUUGUAAAUGGGAAAGAAAAAGUAGACACUAUUCACAUAAACCACUUCAACAAGCUAAAGUCUUUAGGUGUUGGGUGUGUGUGUCUUUAACGUCCUUACACUUCCUAAUUUGUCAUACAUUUUUACUUCUUUUGUUAAUGUUUAAAUGAAAGUGCAUCUGUAUGUUAUCAUAUUUUCCAUUUUGUUACAGAAUGUUUUUUUUGAUUGUGUAAAUUAAGUAUUAAGGUUUAGCUAUAUAUACAUUGCAAAUCAGUGAUCUAGGACUAGUUUCAUUAGGUUGAGUUUGAAUAAUAUGUUGUCACAUCACAUCUGGUAUUGUAUUAUUUGUAUCUAAAUCAGUGUUUUCCUUUUAGGUUUACUCCAGAGCUAAUGACCAAGAACCAUGUGGUUGGUGGCUUGCUAAAGUACGAAUGAUGAAAGGAGAGGUAAGCAUUAAUGUUUACAUAAAUAUAUUUUAUCCUUCUGUGUAUUUGAUAGUGCAAAAUCUCUUUAAUUUAGCAUUCGUAUAUAAGGGACACUGUAGGCACCCAGUCCACUUAAGCUUAUUGAAGUGGUCUGGGUGCAAACUCCCAUAACCCUUAACACUGAGCAUGUAGUUUUUAUAAACUGCAAUAAUUACUUGCUAAGGUUAACUCCUCCUCUACUGGCUGUCUACCAGACAGUCACUAGAGGGACUUUAGAGUGGAUAGGCUACUUUUGGUCACCUAAAUGAUUUUGGAUGUCCUCACACUAUGCAUGAGGACUUCCAGUGUCCCCAUUGGAAAACAUUGAAUAAUCCUUUCCUAUGGGGAAACCCAAAUGCGAGUGCGGCCAUUGCCACGCAUGCACAUUAGGUCUCCCCCGACUGAUGUCUGUGGGGGAGGAUCGUGGGCAGAGCUGAGCCAGUGCUGAGGGACAUCGGUGCUUGAACCAGGUAAGUCCAGCACAGGGGAGAGACCUUAACAGAGGGGGAAAAUAUAGUGCAAGGAGCAACAAAGUUGUUAAUUGUUAAUAUUUAGGUAGUAUGCUGCCUGAGAUUAUCUGCGAUAAGGAGAAAACACCUCUGGUGACAGCUGCCUCUCCAAUGUGUAAUCCCCACUGGUAUUUGGUAGAUUUGCACAUACAUGUUGUGGUUUCGGAAAGGAGGUGGUCGGUAUUUUCCCCGUUCAUUACAGGACAUAUUUGCAUGUAUGGUAUUCUAAAACAUGAUCUUCCCACUAAAAGAGUGAGUGUGUGUGUACUGCCUCUUUGAAAAUAAACUUAUUUUUACUAUGUUAAGCAGUCUGAUCGUUUUCCAACUUACUUUUUUAAAUUUUAUUUUAGUUUUAUGUUAUCGAAUAUGCUGCUUGUGAUGCUACCUACAAUGAAAUAGUAACUUUUGAACGACUUCGACCUGUGAACCAGAACAAAGCCGUUACAAAGAAUUCUUUUUUGAAGUGCACUGUGGAUGUUCCAGAAGAUUUAAGAGAAGCGUGAGUUUUUUUUUUUUUUUUUUUUUAAAGUUGUAGAAUUUCAGAAAAGCAAAUUUUAUGAUACAAAGGCAUUGUACUACAUUAUAAAAGAUGCAUGUAAAUCAUCUAGGUGUUUAAGCAUUUUGGUCUGUUGGCCAAAUUCGCUAUACAAAGGAUUGCUGCACUUGUUUCCCUUUUUAGAGCUGCAUUAUGUUCUCCACAUAUAGAUGGCAGUACUUAUAGCUGGGUAUUUUUUCAUAACUACACUUGUAACCAUCAAGGACCUACAAUUUGAAAUGGGUCCCUGAUCCUAAGUAUCUGUAAAUAUAGGACAUCAUCCCAUCUACUGCAUAUCUGAAGCAUUGGCAUUGCUCAGGAUGCUAUUCAGCAUUGGUUUGCAGAGGAGCCUUUUUUUAUUGAAAUCUUGGGCAGCAGAUACAGCAUAUAGGAAUCUCUUUGAGAAAAGAAGACAACUGCCACAUAAGAUACACUUUUGAAACAGAUGUCAGAAGGAAAGUAAGCUCUGCAAUGAGAGAGCCAGGCCUUAAAGUUAUCUUGCCACUACAAGCCUUGAGGAUCAUUAGGGCUGAAUUUCUACUCGCCAAUGGCUAAUAUAGAAUGGACGUUUUGAGCUCUUGUUAUGUAUUAGAAUUUUCAGAAAAACCACAACCAUCUUUCCUGGGGUUCUGAAGGGAAUUCUUUAGUUACAUAGACUGAAAAGAGACCUGUGUCCAUCAAGUUCAGCCUUCCUAUCAUCUUUUUUUGUUGUUGUUCCAAAAGAAGGCAAAAAAAAGUUUGACGCACUUCCAAUUUUGGGCCAAAACUAGGGCAAAAAAUCAUUCUUGACCCCAGAAUGGCAGUCAGAUUUAUCCUUGGAUCAAGUAGCUAUUACCCUACAGUUGAAAAUUUAUAUAAUUGAAUAUUAUGUUUUUGCAAGUAAGAAUCUAGUUGCUGUUUAAACAUCUGUACAGACUCUGAUAAAACCACUUCUUCAUGCAGAGAAUUCCAUAUCCUUAUUGUUAUUACAGUAAAAAAACGUUUUCCUUAAACUAAAUUCACUUUCUUCCAGUCUAAACGCAUGACUGUGUGUCUUAUGUGUAGCCCUGUUUGUAAAUAGAUUUCACACAAUAGCUUGUAUUGGCCCGGGUUAUAUUUUUAUAAUGUUAUCAUAUCCCCCCUGAGGAAAUGUUUCUUUCUAAACUAAAGAGGUUUAAAUUUGUUAACCUUUCUUCAUAGCUAAAAAUUGCACAGCAUAUUCAAGAUCUGUGUUAUCAGUGAUUUAUAGAGAUGCAAAAUUAUAUUCUAAUCCCGAGAAUGAAUGCCGUUUUUCAUUCAUGACAAUUUCUUACUGGCCUUAACCAUUGCUGAUUGACAUUGCACAUUGUUGCAUAGUUUGUUGUCUAUAACAAUAUGUAAAUCCUUAUCGUGUUUUGUUAUCCCUAAUUUGCUUCCAUUUAGGGUGUAAGUUGUUUGUGCAUACUUUACGCCGAAGUGCAUAACUUUGCAUUUUUCUACAAUAAAUUAAAUCUGCCAUUUGAGUGCCCAGUCCCCAUGUCUAUCUAAAUUCCUCUGUAGCAAAGUAAUAUCUUGCUCACAUUUGUAUCACUUUACAGAGUUUUGUGUCGUAUGCAAACACUGAAACUUGACUUUCAAUGCUUUUUCAAGAUCAUUUUAAAACAUGUUAAAUAGAAGAGGUCCCAGAACAGAACCCCGAAGGACACCACUUACCACCUCUGUCCAGGUUGAAAAUUUACCAUUAAUGACUACUCUCUUUAUUUUUAAUGCAAUGUUCUACCCAAGAACACGAAUUCUCAUCUAGACCAAUUUCUUAAAAUUGAGUUUGAACACUAAUCUUUUGUGUAAAACUGUAUCAAACGCCUUGGCAAAAACCAAGUAGAUCACAUCCACUGCUACACCCUGAUCUAUGCUUCUACAUACUUUGUAGAAUGCAAUUUAGUUAGUUUGACACGACACAUGCUUUAUAAAAGCAUGCAGAUUUUUGCUGAUAACCACGUUCUUAAUGAAUUAUUGAAUAUUAUCCCUUAACCUUUCAAAUAUUUUCUCCGCCACAGAGGUUAAGUUCACAGGCCUAUAAUUUCCAGGCAUUGAUUUUGAACCCUUUUUGAAUAAUGGAACCACAUCUGCCUUCCUCCACUCUGCUGGUAUAAUUCUUGAAAGAAACUAAUCUUGAAAGAUUAAAUACAGAGGUUCAUUUGUUUCCACACUUGGUUCCUUAAGUACUCAUGGGUGAAUACUGUCAGGCCCUGGAGCUUUGUUUAUAUUAACUUUCUUUAGUUACUGCAGCACCUUGUCUUGAGUCACCCAAUUACAAUUUUUUUUUUUUCUGCAAGUUUUUUGCAGCAAUCAUUUGCAUAUAUAUAGCGCCAUAGGUUCUUCCUUAAUAUAUACGGAGGAGAAAUAGUUAUUUAAAAUGUCUGCCUUUUGUGAUCUUCAUUAACUAACAAACCCAUCCUGGUUUUGAGAUUACCUACACGUUCAUUUUUUUUUUUUUUUUAAUUUAUGUACUUAAAAAAUGCUUUGGGGUUGGUUUUGCUCUCAUUGGCUAUCACUUUCUCAUUUUGUAGCUUAGCAAAUCUAAUUGCCUUUUUGCACGCAUUAUUGGCUUCCUUAUAUCUUUGAUUUGUCCGAUUUUUAAAGGCUUUAAAUGCUCUUUUCUUAUUUUUAAUUUCUUGAUGCACUUUCCCUUUUAAGUCACAUUGGUUUCAACGUGUUUCUUUUAUAUUUAUUACCCAAUGGUACAUACUGAGAAAAUGUAACUCUUCUAAUAUUUGUUUGCAGAUAUUCCAUUUAUUCUCAGUGUUGGUCACCUAAUGGCGCUGGAUGUCCUUGCGCUUUUGUAUGAGGACGUCCAGCUUCACCAGAAUCCCCAUAGGAAAUCAUUGAACAACGCUUCCCUAUGGGGAAAUCCUAAUGUGAGCGUAGCCUUGGCCACGCACGCACAUGGGGUAUCUCCCGCCAGCUGACGUCGGCGGGGGAGGAGUAUGGGUGGAGCUUUGCCAGUGUUGAGUGCACCACGUGGGGAUGGGAGGAGGGUGUGGAGGCACCUAGACAGAGGGGGGAACUAUAGUGUCAGGAAAAAAGUUUGGUUUCCUGUCACUAUGGUUUCCCUUUAAGGGAGCGUUUGCCAGUUUUUUUUUUCAGGUAUAUUGUCUCCUGUCCUCCUCCUUCUGAUACUGGAAACAUGGCCUUAAUGACCGCAACAACCAUUUUUGCUAGUACUCGUUUGUUCUAGUUUUUCUAUAUAUAUAUGUGGGUGAGACCUUUUUAGAGUGUCUUCUUACAUUUUUUUCCAUGCACCUCUUGUGUCAGUUUUGCAAAUGGCUCCUGUGAAGUGGUCCAGGGAGAGUUAGGUUUAAUUUAAGUACCCCAUGUAGGUUACCAUGGACUACAGGUCAGCAAAACUGCUGCUUUAUUCCUCUGGAAAUAUUUUGUGUAGGAGCCUCUAAGAAUUUUAUUUAUUUUAUUUAUAGAUGUGCAAGUGAAAGUGUGCAUAAAGAAUUCAAGAAAGCAGUUGGAGCCUGUCGAGUUUAUUUUCAUGCAGAGACCAAUCAGUUAAUGAUAUUGGUGAGUAUAUUUCAUAAAUGUAUGUAUAUAUUCUCCUCUCUCCCUUAUAUUAUAGUAGUUUGUUUCUAUAUAUGUAUAAAAACGGUUUUGGAGCCAACCUGAUGAUAAAAAUAUAUUACUGGAUUGAAUUGCAGCUAAGUUUACAAAAAGGUCCAAGUUGCAUUGUAAAACCCAAAAAAGCCAGAUUAUAACACUUGUAAUGGUUUACGUUAAUGAUGAAUGUAAAAUACUUUGUGAUUGUUAAAGAAACAAACAUGUAUUCCUGAAACUAGUGUUAAAAACAUAACUUAGGUGGCUGCCCCUCUUGCCGCCUUAAAAAGGGGUUAAAUUGUUUUUAUUCCAGCGUGAGGAUCCCUGAUUUGCCCAGAGAGUUGAUGACCUCAGUCAAUCCCAUAGGAAAUCACUGGGAGGCUAUUGUGCAUGUGUGGAAUGCAGUGCUACACCAAUCCGCAUCUCCUCAUUGAAAUGCAUCAAAUUAAUGCAUUUCUGUGGGGAAAGUUCAGCGCCUCCAAGCACUCUACAUUGUUCAGCACCGGUCCAGGAAGAACCUCUAGUGGCCGUCUGACCGCCACUGGAGGUAUCACUUGGCAGUCAUUUAAACACUACCUUUUCUCUGAAGAGGCAAUGUCUACAUUAAAAUGCCUGCAGGGACUCCCUAUACACCAGAACAACUACAGUAAUAGUGUCCCUUUAAAUAUUACAAGUGGAUGUCAACUCAUAUAUAAUAAAAUUCCUGCUGAUUGCAGUUGUUGUCUGCUCACAUCUUUAAGAUGUGAAUCUAAAUUGGCCAUAUUGAAACUAUUCAGUAAAGAAACUCUUCCCAUCCCUAGCUGAACAAUGGUUUGUGUAUCCUUUAAAUGUGCCUUUUCUCUCCAUGGCUAUGACUAUCUCUGUAUAGCUGUAGCUUUACCAACUUUAUUUUCUGCCUUUUAAUGGGUACUAUAAACACUAUAAGCCUUCCACAAUGACGCUGUAGUGGUCAUUAAACAAGGAGGUCCCUGGCACCACCCGACAGCAAACUUUUAAACAGUUUACAGUGGUUUGACACAUGGCUCUGACAAACACCUGCACAGUUUCCAGUUUGAACUGAUACACUAAAGGUAAAAUUCAUACUUCUGCAUUCUCAUACCAGUUCAUAUCAAGUUUGGACAUUAUUAGUUGGCUGAGAGCAUCAGCUGACUGCUUUUGACAGUUUACCAUGUGCCAAACUAAGUCAUGAUCUUUUAUUUUUCUUUUACCCUCCCAAGUCUGCAAGUGAAGCAACUGUGAAGAGAGUUAAUAUACUGAGUGACAUGCACUUGCGCAGCAUUCGAACUAAACUGAUGCUCAUGUCGAGGAAUGAAGAGGCCACCAAACAUUUAGAAGUGAGUUUACUUACCAAUUAUUUCUUCAAUGCAUGCCCUGCAACUGAUUUAGCUAAUAUAAGCUUUUGGUAGUAUCCUGCUAAUCUUUGGAGAAAACUUUAUGUAUCAUGCCUCUGUGUAUAGAUUAUUUUUUCAUGUCUGUUAGAUGCGCACUGUUUUUAAUCGCAAAACAUCUAGCCUUGUGAGUGUUUUGGGGAUUAAGACCAUUAUGAGGCACACAUUUUAUGUGCUUAUUAAAUAAAAUGUUUGAGGCAGGAGGUAACAUUGUACUCCAUGUGCACCAAUGUAAAUGUUCCUGUAUAGCAACACUUCAAAUCAGCCAUCAUUACUCUGUUCUGCUGGGGACACUGAUAAUUCCAGAGUUAUUGAGCAUUGGUUUGAUAAUUUUCCUGCUAUAUUAUGUAAUUAAAAGCCUAUUUCGAUGCAGCAUUGCUUUUGGAACAUUUUAUUGUAUGUGCUUAUCACCAACCUAGUAACAGUUACCCUCUGAAUUUUUCCAUUGAUUUUUCUUUUCAUUCUUCAAGUGUACAAAGCAGCUUGCAGCAGCAUUUCAUGAGGAAUUUGUUGUUCGAGAAGAUUUAAUGGGUCUGGCUAUUGGGACUCAUGGGAACAACAUUCAGCAAGCCAGGAAGGUACCAGGUAUUACAGCUAUUGAGUUGGAAGAAGACAGUGGUACUUUUCGAAUCUACGGUGAGGUGAGUCUAUUUUCUUCCACAAGGUUUAUAAAUACAGUGGUGUGGUUUUAUUUUAAUUAUUUUUAUUUUUUUAUAUAAUUCUUUAUUUUUGUGGUGCAUAGAUAUACAUAUAGGUUUGUACUGACCUAAUAGUUAAGGCAUAUAUGACAAGAAAACAUUACUGUUUAUGUCAAGGAGUAUUGCACUCAUUUUUGUAAAAGUAUGACCAGCAAUAUGAAUAUGAUCAUCCUGCCUUAUAACUAAAACAUUAAUGGGGAAACUUGCUUGAGAAGAUGAUUAGUAGGAAAGUGUAGGUGAUAAACUAGUGAGAGGAAACGGGAACAGAAUGUCAGUUAAGAUUAUGAAACAGACAAAAGAUAAACACGCUUAAGUAACUGACACAUUGCAUAUGAAGAGGUACCACUGUACAAUAGACUAUACAAGAGCUGUCGGCAUAUAGCAAGCCAUGUGGUAUUGGUACCUAGCCCAGCCUAUGCCGGACAUAUAAUGCAUGAAGACCCAGAGAAAGAUCACAGGUGUCCAACUGAACUGUACCCUUCCAGCUACAGACCGCUGUACCAUAUGUGUGAGCGGUGUUUCAGGGAUUGUCCCUGGCAGGUAAUGGCACAUUUUCGUAGCAUGGUGGAUAGGGGCAUUCUGAGGGUCUGAACGGUGUAUCAGGGGGUGUCUCAUGGUGUAUCUUUGUCCAGGCAGUGUCCUCACAGUCGGCACUGCGUCAGGGUCUUGCCCAGUGUGUCUCAGCUUGGUCUUGCUUUGCAGUGUGUCUUGUUGGGGCAAAGCCGCAGUAGUAGACCUCUCCGUCCAUCAGUGAGUCCAUUCAGGUCAAGUAAUAGUGUGGGAGGCCAUUCGAGUCCAGAAAUCCCAGCACAGCUUGUUAAACCUGCAGUCAAUUCUAUGCACCCAGUUCUGGGUCCACUGGAUGAAGUGGAGGAAGCAAUGCUUCUGCCAUCUUGGAUUUGCCACAUGGUCACAGUAACUGUGGAGCACUAUUUGUUCACUGUAGAGUACUAAGUAUGCCCAGGGGGGACCGGGGGUUGAUGGGGCAUCUGUAGGUUCACUGCAGGAUGUGCUGCUCCAAGCAGGAGAUCUGAAGUCUCUCCCAGCUGAUGAGGCAGAAUAGAUUUGCAGGAGCAAUAAUUUCAGAACUUUCCAUGUCCCCUUUAGUCAGGAUGUCUGCUGUGCUUAACUCAGAACCAUUUGCUGUGAGAAAAGUGCAAUUUUAGCUGGAUUAAGGCUUUUAUAUGCAGGAGCUAUUGGAAAACACGUCUGGCCAGCAUGAAAGUUAGGCCCCGACCCCAUAAAUACAGUACUUUGAAGUACUUUUUGUGUAUCUGGUUAUUUGUUAAUUAAGAUUUAUAGCUCAUAUACAAAUCUGUAUUUCACAAGAAUGAUUUCCUCCACUAUUAUACAGGCAAAACGUUCAUAUGUUCUUAUAUAAACGGCCAAAACUCCCAUCACCUAACAAACUGAGAUGAAGAUAAAAUACUGAGAGCGAGAUAGAUAUGUACGAAUAGAUGAAAUGGUUCAAUAGGGACAGGCUGCUAUAAUGACCGCUCAUUACAAAUUACCUCUCUCUCUGUUGAAAUUAGCUGGAAUUGAACCUCUGCCUAUAAUAGCUAAGUAAAUCACUGUGUGAAAUAGAUACAAAUUGGCAAGAUUAUAUUUAAUAUUUGUAUUGUAUACCACCCUGAUAGAUGUAUUACAAUUGUUGUUUUUAGCAACUAGUUAAGAUUGACUAAAGCUAUGUUAAUAUACAGGAGUUUUUGUUAACCUUAACUAUGUUUAGAUGGUCAUCCAAUUAAUUCUUUCAACUGGGUGUUUUUGUUUUUUAUUGGUCUCAAUUAUGGAAAGUUGAGAGAUUUAGUUUAUUUUUGUUCCUUCAUAUUGCUGUAUAAUAUGUAGGAAAAGUGUGAUUUAUUAUGUUAAUAAGAAGAGUACUCAUUGUGUGAUUCAGAUUUGAACGAUCAUCAAUACUGCUUGAUUAACCUUCAGGCUGUGUGUGAUGGUUUCCAGUCUCUCAAAUGGCAUGCCUUGGCUAUCAGCUAAGGCAUAUUAUUACUGUGGUCACAAUUACUCUGCCUAGGUGCAAAUCUACUCAACUGUUAUCUAUUGGGGUUAGUGUUAGAAAUCGCAUCAAAGAUUGACACUGGUUAGUAUGGUGACAGUUUUCUGGUAAGCAUGUAAUCAGGCACAUCUAAAGUAUAGCAUGUCUUCAAUGUGAUUUAUGUACAUGGGAGAAGCAGAAAAAUACAAAUUUGGGACACAAAAUGCCUGUGAUAUUACUACCAUAACUACCUUGGUCACAAAUGCGUAAAAUCUCAAAAGAGCACUUGUCCUUACUUGAUUAAUGUUCAUGUGUUUGUGUGGUGGUUUUUUAUUUUAUUUUUAACUUGUUUUAUCUGGUUACAGAUGUUCACGUGUGUGUGUAUAGGUGUAUAUGUAUAUAUGUGUGUGUAUAUAUAUGUGUGUGUGUGUAUGUGUAUAUAUUUAUUUAUUUUUGUUUUUCCUAUGUAGAGUGCUGAAGCGGUCAGGAAGGCAAGGAGUUACUUAGAAUUUGUGGAAGAUUUCAUUCAGGUUCCCAGAAAUCUUGUCGGUAAGGCUACAUUAUUAAUUUUGAAUCAUCUUUUGUAUUGAAUGCUCUUUAAAUUGGAUUAGAACUUCAAAUCUGUGAGUGAAAUUUUACUGAACAUAAUGGUCUCUUUCACUGUAGGAAAAGUCAUUGGCAAAAAUGGAAAAGUGAUUCAAGAGAUUGUGGAUAAAUCUGGAGUGGUUAGGGUGCGGAUUGAAGGAGACAAUGAAACAAAAUUACCCAGAGAAGAUGUAAGUUUACAUAUCCUGCCCCAAAUAUGGUAUUUGCUUUUUAAUAGUUAUGGGACCUGCAUCUUUGUAAGUGUUCAUGGUCUCAUUAUUAAGUGAAAAUGGAAAAACAAAAAUCAGUCCAUGCUAGAUUGCGGUCAUUUCUCUUUUUAACAUAUAUUUUAUAAAUCACAUUCCAGAGACAUGUAUAUUUUUAAACUGUCAGCUGACAAGUGGACCUUUAAAUAUAUAGCACUUUUAUGUAGAGUUGUACUUAUGCCAAGGUGAAAAUGGAAUAGAAUCUAGCAAAAAAAAGUGCUCAAGGAUCUGUCCAUAGUCAAGUGAAUUGUUUGUCUGAAAAGUCAGUUGACCAAUCGGCUGCACCCCUGCCCGUGCUUUCUGUAACUCCGAUUCAGAAGCCGGAUGCGGCCUGGGGGACCUGGAGAUCAGUGCUGGAGGAAAACCUUUGGGUUUAAACCGUUCAAGAACAGCUUAACCCCUAAAGGUAAGAGAGCACUCAGGUGCCUCCUGGCACAAUAACAUUUAGAUGAAGUUAUUAUGGUGACCAGAGUGUUACUAAAGACAUAUUAAUAUAUCUGAAACACAAUCUUGGAUGUUUUGGUUAUGAAAUUUGUUUUUCUCUUAUCUUCUGUCCUUUCAGGGUAUGGUUCCUUUUGUUUUUGUUGGCACCAAGGAGAGUAUUGGAAAUGUUCAAGUUCUUCUAGAAUACCACAUUGCAUACCUGAAAGUGAGUUACAAACAACUUGGGUUCAUAAUCUUGGUGGUAGAAAUUGUGUUAAUAAAGAAUAUAACAAGUUUUUCUCCCUUCACCCCCCAUCCCCCUUAAAAUUAGGAGGUAGAACAGCUUAGAAUGGAGAGACUCCAGAUUGAUGAGCAACUUCGUCAAAUUGGUAUGGGUUUUAGACCAUCAUCAAGUCGAGGAACCGAAAAGGAAAAGGGCUAUGCCACUGAUGAAAGUACAGCUUCCUCUGUACGCGGAAGUAGAUCAUACAGUGGGAGGGGCCGGGGUCGGCGUGGUCCAAACUAUACAUCUGGUUACGGUAUGUCUAAUUUGAUUCGGUAAUUAUAAAACUUGUGACACUUGAUUUUCAACAAAAAUAAACUAUUACUUUCAUAAACUAAUUUACAUACUAUUGUCAUAAACAAGGAUCUCACAAAUGUAACUUUUACUUAAGGUACAAACUCUGAACUUUCAAAUCCUUCUGAAACUGAAUCGGAACGAAAAGACGAACUAAGUGACUGGUCACUGGCUGGAGAAGAUGACCGUGAAAAUAGGCAACAGCGAGACAGUCGAAGGCGUCCUAGCGGAAGAGGGCGUAGUGGGUCUGCUGGUCGCGGCAGAGGUGGAUCAAGGGGUGGAAAAUCUUCAAUCAGCUCUGGUACAAAUGUUUUUCCUUUAUUUGGUUUUUAGUUAACUUUGUUGUUUUUUAAUUUUUUUUUUUCUUUCUUAAUUGUGGCAUUCAUUUGAUAUCACCCAUAAAUAAUGUAGAGAGCGAGAGUGUUAAGAUACAUUGUGUCAAUCGUAUUACGUAAUACGUAUUGCCAUGGGUGGAAUGUUCUCAAAAUUUUACAGAUCACUUCAAUAUAGUGAUCUAGUGUAAGUGCAGCUGUAACAAAGGAUAUGUUAGCAAUUUAUCCAUUCAGAAUGCAAGCAGGACAGAUACCUCUAUUUGUAAAGCUAAUACAAGACACCUGCAAGUGCAAAGUAGGAGAAUUCCGUUUACAUACUAUUAGAUGUUAGGGAAUUUCAAACUUAAGAGGCUGCAGUAAAAGAUUUGAGAUUGUGUAAGUGGUAUUAGCAGGGGCAAACAUGUCUACUAUGUGAACAGUAGGUACUUUGCAAAUUAUGAGCUUGGUUUGUUCAAUUUGGGUAUGGGUAUUGAAGAGUUAUGUGAUCCAUGAAUGAGAACUGGCUUCAGGUGGAGAACCAUUUGUGCAAGACAUUUCUGGGAAGAAAGAUGUAACAUUUCAAAAUGUUGCGCAACUAUUUAAUCUUUUUAUUAUGUAAGCAACAUUUUCCCUAUAAAAGGCAUUAUAGACAAAUGUUUAGAGAGAGGGCAGCAUAGAUUCAAGCAAUUCAUGUAUAGAUUGUACAAGAAAGGAUAGAUGAGUUUGUCCUUAAAGGACCACUCUAGGCACCCAGACCACUUCAGCUUAAUGAAGUGGUCUGGGUGCCAGGUCCUUCUAGGGGUUAACCCAUUGUUUUAUAAACAUAGCAGUUUCAGAGAAACUGCUAUGUUUAUCAAUGGGUUAAGCCUUCCCCCAAAGCCUCUAGCGGCUGUCUCAUUGACAGCCGCUAGAGGCGCUUGCAUGAUUCUCACUGUGAAAAUCACAGUGAGAGCAUGCAAGCGUCCAUCGGAAAGCAUUAUGAAUGCUUUCCUAUGCGACUGGCUGCGCGCGCAGCUCUUGCCGUGCGUGCGCAUUCAGCCGACGGGGUGGAUCGGAGGAGAAGAGGAGGCAGAGAGCUCCCCGCCCAGCGCUGGAAAAGGUACGUUUUUAACCCUUUUCCCCCUUCCAGAGCCGGGCGGUAGGGGGACCCUGAGGGUGGGGGCACCCUCAGGGCACUAUAGUGCCAGGAAAACUAGUAUGUUUUCCUGGCACUAUAGUGGUCCUUUAACCUUUUUUUAAAACAUCAAGCAUCACAAUCUCUACAUGGCGAUGUAAGGGAUAUGGUGCCAGGAGUGCCUUAUGCCUUCUAACUAUUCAAGCUGUUUUGCGAAUCACAAAAAAAUGCAGUAUUGUACUUUGUACGUCUUUGUUUAAAAUGCUUUUUGCAGUGGAAACAUCAUAAGCCAACAUGUCUACGUACUGUUAUUCUUAUUCUUAAUUCAAUUUUACAGUGCUUAAAGAUCCAGACAGUAACCCGUACAGCUUGCUUGAUAACACAGAGUCUGAUCAGACAGCCGACACAGACGCAAGCGAGUCUCACCAUAGCACCAAUCGUCGUAGGCGAUCCCGCAGGAGGAGGACUGAUGAGGAUGCUUCUUUAAUGGAUGGAAUGACUGAAUCUGACAAUGCAUCUGUUAAUGAAAAUGGCUUAGGUACUGCAGCAUGUCUUUAUUUUUGGAAUAUUUAGUGAGUUGUAAAAAAAUGUGUUUAAAUGGAAAUAUAAAGUCAGUAUAGACUUUUACUGAUCAACUACAAAUACCCUAGAGGGUUAUUGUUAAGCUGUUUUAGACUUUUUCUCUUCAUGCUAAACUAACUCAAAUGGCAUAUUGAGUACAGUGGAAAACAUUUCCUACAAAAGAAGUGGUACUAGAGGUUUGUUGUCACUUUUAGAGAGCCAUAUAUACCGCCGCCUCCUCAUUAUCUCUGCUGCUAUUGGUGAUAUUUUUAAUGGUUUUGGGAAUGGAGGCAUUGAUUGCUCAGUACUCUAAGAACUAUCGUUUUAAUAGCAAACUGCUUGUUCAACCCCAUUUUUAUUUUAUUUGUUUUCAGUGUUUGUGAUCAUUAUGCUUAAAGUAAUUUUAAAGAGAUUUUGGUUCAUAAUUUCAUAUUAUUGUUUAAUAGAUACUCUAGCACACUUUUUGACACAUUUGCCUUCAUAAACAAAACGCGUGUUUUCUCUGAGAUUAGUUAAAAUUUUGAUACACUUUACUGUUGCAGAUGAUAGUGAACAAAAACCCCAGCGACGCAAUCGUAGCCGCAGGCGUCGCUUCAGGGGUCAGGCAGAAGAUAGACAGCCAGGUAACUAAAGUGGGUGGAGCUAAUGGGAAUCCUAAAACAUGCAUGAUAAUGCACUGCUUUUAAAUCCAGAUUUUUGCAGUUCUAUAUUGAUAGGAAAGUUAACGUUUCUUUUAUUUUUAAUUGCAAUAAAGUACACUUGAAAGUGCUGCCUUUUUGAUGGCUUAAGUACUAAAAUCGAAUUUCUAAUUACUCUGAUGGAAUGAUAUUAAUUUACUGUGAUUUUGUAAUACUACUUAUGUGUGGGCUAUUUUGUUUUUCUUUGAAGUUCAAACUGACCAGAUACUAAUAUAUUUGAGAUGUAGUAUGUUCUUCUCAAUUUUGUGCAUUGAAUAUAGAAUUGAGAUUUGAAACACAGUUUGUCUUUUGAUUGCACUGUCUGAUGUUUCUUUAACUGAUUUAUCAUGCACCUAAUUUGCUUUUGGAUUUAUAUAGAUUAGUAUAUGCAUCAUAUUCACAACUUAUGUAAAUAUUGAAUUUAACUAUUGGAAUUGUUCCUUGGCAAGAAAACAAAAAUGUUUACGGAAAAUGACAUGUCCAACUCUCUCCUGUGAUAGUAACUGUGGCAGACUAUAUCUCAAGAGCUGAAUCUCAGAGCAGACAGAGAAACCUACCUAAAGAGACACUGGCUAAAGGCAAGAAGGAAAAGGUAAGAUGGAAAAUAAAUAGGUGUAAAUGGCACGACUACCAAAUAUAUCAUUUUAUUAUAAAUGUAAAUUAUUUUACUGCUCAAGGGAGGAACUGGGUUUUAAAUAUAAACUGUACUUUGCGUAUUAUUCUGCUUCCAAAUACUGUUGGGAAUUUAAUUCAUGAACAAUGACCAAAACUUAACAGAUGAAGAUUUUUUUUGACUGGCCCUUCUGCAAACAUUUUGGGGAAAAUAAAACUGAAAAUAGCAAAUUCUCUAAAUUAACCUAUACAUUUAAAAGAAGGGUGUGUUGGUUGAUUUUCAAAAGAAAUGAAGGUGCUUUUCCUCAGUCUUGAGGAACUGUUGAUGAACUAGCAUGCUCACAUCAUGAAAUCGUAGCUGAAUAUUUAUUUUCUCUUGCUUAUAAUGCAACAGGCAGAACUGCUACUUACUAGAUGCUGUAAGAGCUCUGUGUAGGAGCAGGUUUUCAGUUAAUGUAAUGAGAGCGAGAAUGAAUAUAUAUAUUUCUAUAACUCUGCAAAAUGGUAGCUCCACUCCAGGGUCGUCUUAUGGUUUGUAAAGUAAAAGAGGUGUUUUGUUUUUUUGUUUGGUUUUUUUUGAGCUUUUAAAACAAAAUCAGCAUUUCGGUUUCCUUACAAAACUUUCAUCAGGACAAAACAUUGCAAAAGAAACCAGUGUAUUUAUGCCUUUAAAAAUUUAAACGCAAUAGUCACCCCGCCCCCAUGGUGUGCUGCCUAUAAUGAUAAAUCGCCAAAAUUACAAUUUUUUUUUUCAGAUAUUAAAAACUGACCACAAGACGACCCUGGAGGGCUGUCACUUUUAUGAACAGAUAUAUAUAUCGCCAAUUAUAUGUUUUCAAUUUCCUGCUGUUAUAUCAUUUCAGGUGAAAGAUGUAAUUGAAGAACUUGGAUCUUCUGAAAAGGUCAUAAAUGGCCCAAGAAGUUCCUCAGGCGACAAUGCUUCAAAGUCCCAGACCACAGCCCAAGAAAGAAACACUGCAAGCUGUCAAGAUGGAAGUAACAAAGAAGCCAUACUGAAUGGGGUGUCCUAAAUGGAAGUUCCUAGUUUACAGUUCCUUUACAUUACAUUUUACAAUAGUGCUUGUACAAGCUUGCCAAAGAUAGAUUAAGGAUCGCCAGUCUUUACACCACACUUUCCGUUCCUCCAUUUGGAAUAAAGAAAGGGGAGGGAUCCUGACACACGUUAAAUAUGAGUUGAUACCUACUGUGUUCUAAAUACAUCAUCAGAUGUGCCUUGAGAUAGUAUACGAAACAUUAAAAAAAAAAGUUUAAAAAAAAAAAAUGGAAAAAAAGUGCUGGCUAUAGGAAACCUUUUUUUUUUUUUUCUCUCAAAUAUGGCAUUGACAGGGGGUGGGGGGGGGGGGGAGGGAAUCCUGCAUAAUAUUCGUUCUAAAAGCAUUAGUUGCUUUUGUUACAUUUCUAAUAUGCAACCACUUCUUCACCAGAGGAAAACUAGAAAAAAUGCAGUCUGAAAUAUUUUGCACUGAAUUGUAACUUCUCCAUUGGUUAGGUCUGGAAACUGUUUUGUUUGUUUUUGUUUUUUUUUAGUAAACACAUUGUGUGGAGGAAACUGCAGACCACUGGAACACAGACAAAUGUUAAUCUGCAGAGAUACUGGCAGUGACUGUUCUACAUUGGAGCUUUGUUUGGUUUAUUUAUUAAACUGUACAGUAUUUAAAAAUCAAACUUGGCUAUAAACACUAAACCGAACUUAGUCAUGUCCACAAAAGGCAUAAUCCUAACUACUGAAAGAUCAAUUUCCAGAAUGUUUAUUCUGUAUAAACUGCAUAUGUUAGUCCUUAGUAUGGUAUUUUUAUUUUUGUUUUGGUUGUUUGAUGUGCAAUAUGUUUUUGUAUGCAGGUAGUAAAAAACAAAAAAAAAAACAAAACAAAAAGCAAACAAAAAUAAACUUUGAUCUUCCAUUUUUGAUUAUCAGCCUAGUUUCCUGUGGGGAGUUAUGAAGAAUUCUUAACCACUCCAUUGUUUUCAUCUUUGGCAGAGGAGAGGUUAAUAAUGCGUGCACCUGUGUCAUAGGUUAAUUCCAAUGGGGAUAAUUCACCCAACCUAUAUUAAUUAAGGGAAUAUGGACUGGGGGUGGGGCCGGGAGGAGGGGUAUAUAUCUUUGUACUAUAUGAAAUUUACUUUACAUUUCAGUAUCACGUCUUUUAAAACUUUAUUUGAACCUGCUGAUUUUGGCAAAAAAUGUGUUGGGUGCUGAAGGUCAUAACUGGACAGAAAUACAUAAAAUAAACAUCUUUCCAGCACAUAUCUUUCAAGCAUAUCUUGUCUGCUUCUUUUUCUUCAUCUUUAUUUUUGUUCUGUCAUGUGACUAUUUUACUCUUCCUUUGCCUUGUUUUUCUUGUUAGUUUAGCUGUGUUUAUCAUAUUGCAAAAACAGAAGGAUUGUACGAAAGGCAUAGUUUCGACUAUUUUAUGUUUUUCAACUAAAUGAUCUUGAUUAAUAUUCUGAAACAAUACACAGGUGGCUGUUCAGAUUAAUUUACAAAUGAGAUACUCUCUUUCCAAGGUCUUUUUAAUGUUUACUUAUCCCUACAUAUGUACUUUUAAGCUGUGAAAAUAAAAUUAAAUGUAGAAUACAUACCUCUUUACCCUGGCAAAUGGGCGCCACCAUCUUGGCACCCAGUCAUUCAUUGAUAAGAUCUUUCCUGCACCUUGCGUUCUGCAUAGAGAGAACUUAAAAAGAGAAAUGUAAACCUUUUUUGUUUUUCCUUUUCAUUUGAUAUGUUCGAACUGGCGUGGCUUUGUCUGUACUAGAUUAUGAUGUAAUUUCUAACUCUUUAAGAUGAAUUUAAAAGUAAAUAGAGCAUCUCACCAGAUACAGUUAAACAAGUUAUUGGUGAUUUUUAUUUUUUUGAAAUGGUGGAAAUCCCAGAGAAGUGACCAUUUAAAAAGAAAAAUUAAAAAAAAUAAAAUAAAUAUAUAUAUAUAUAUAUAUAUAUAUAUAUAUAAUAUAUACACACACACUUUAUAAUCAAUUCCUUUUCUGCACCACUGAUUUAAUCAUCUGAGUACCUGGUAGGUACAUACUAUCAUUUGCUUUUAAAGCUUGUGGGGUUUUGAGUGCAUCGGUUUGUUUAAAUAUGCUAUACUGCAGGCCAAAAGAGGCCUUAAUACAUUUAAAUAUUUGAACUUCAUAUUGUAAAACUCCUGAGACAACAAAUUUUGUUGUAUGAUUUUUCACAAUAUUUGUGUCAUUCCUUUUUGUGAGUCUUGCUUUAGCAAGGUGUGUUCUAAGCAAUAAAAAGUCCUCCUGUGUUACUUUUA